GGCAGAUGGCAUAAACAUGACUUCCCAUCCAACCAUGAUUCCUUCCCUGUCAAAUUGGCCUUGUACCUUGGCUUUUAUUGCACAGGCUAUUUGCUGUAACCAGGAGGAGUCGCCAUGUUGGUACAUAGAAGGCCUCGGCCGGUAUGCCCCCGCCCCUUCGGCCACGACGUUACGUGAAGCUCAUUUAAAGAUACCCCAAUGCUUCAAGUGAUUCGAAUUCCUCAUAGUUCUUAUGCAAAUCGCAUAAGCACGACAUCCUACGACAUCACGAACGAGGUCUUUAUCUGGCGUCGGAAAGCUACACUCAUAAUUUUAAUUUAGGUCGAUACAAACUUGAGAAGGUGGAUGCCUGACGGGUCUUCCGGGCUCUCCUUGGACUAUACAUUAGCAUUUCUAAUGUGCAUGGCGAUGUUGAAGCCAUGAUAUGGCUUCCUGCUGAUUUUGCGAUGCACUGACGACUUGUUUCAAGAAUCUGUUGCAAUAUCUCAGCCACGAUUAUCGCAAUCAUGAACUUCAAUGGGUUGUUUAUUAAUAUUAAUCAUCGCACAUAACCAAAUUUGGCUAAUAAAU